AUGUUGCCGAGUCGAAACCGUCUACUCAAUACAGACACCAUCUAUCCUGUGAAUCCGUCAUGUUUUACCAAAGCAAGGGGUGGUACAGUUACUGCCGGAACUCUGUCUCCCAACAGCUCGAGUGACUUCAACUGCAGCCAGCCUGGACUUCCUUCUUCAUUUGGCCACAUAAGCGCCUCGGCCAGCAACAAUUGUCAUGGUGAAGAGAAUGAGUACAACUCUGGCAACCGACAAGAAGGCCGGUUGAGGCCAGCAAGCUCUCUAGACCGGCUUUCUGAAAAGGAGGCACCAGGUUGGAGGAGUAGUCCUGACCGAGAGGACGACAUAAAUCAGGACGAGAAAAAAGCAUUUCUCGGACAAACGAGUACAGAAUCGGAUCUACAGGUGAGCUGA